GGUUUAUUGACGUCUCUAAUUACUCCAGAGAUAAGACGGCUAUAAUUAGACCUGACUUAGACUUGUAGCCAAGAACCUCUUUCUUGGACUCCUCAACCCGGUUUCUGGCCAGGCUUUAAGGUGCCUGUAAAGGUGCUACAGACUUCGCGGGGGCAUUCAAUUUCGACAACCUUCCUUUUGCCACUUUUCCACCACCGCAGGCCGCUGCUCCUCGUUUAAACCAGGGUCAUUGCCCGGCUCAACAGCCCUAAACGCCAAUUCUCAGAUGUGAAGCGCCCAAUUAGCUGGUGCAUUCCCUGAGCGAACUUUCUGUCACUUCGAAUCCGGAGGUAGUAGAGAGAAAGAAAAGUGUAACUUGAAAUUUCCUGACAACAAGAGAUUCUAGAAACCAACAACAAUGAAGUGCAUCCCUCCGGCCCUUAUUAUUACCCUCUGGCUUACCGCCACCGCCGCAGGUGCGCGUGCCGCCAACUUCGUCGCGUCGUGCGACAAGGACUCGAUCAAGGUCAGCGGGACCACGCUGACGGCGAACUGCAAGACCAUCUUCGGGCAGUCCCGCUGCUCUAGGCUGGACCUGAACCGGUGCCUCAGGAACAGCUAUGGCACACUCCAGGCGGAUCCGACGGGGGCUGGACCGCACCUCCGGGACCAGUGCAUCCAGUGCAGCAAUGGGAAGGACGGCGGAUUCAAUGUCGACGGUGGGCCGGCGCUGAUUCACUGCCAGUGCAACCCGGGCACGGGUGCCGCGCAGGUCAACUGGCCGACGGCUUUCUUUGAUACCAGUCAGUGAAUAAUUAUCACCCAUUUUUUCUUGAGCCAAUUCCGUUUCCCAGCUGACCACUGAUAUUCCACUCGCAACUGGCACAGACACGAUUAUCGACAACAUCAACGGCGUGCUGGAGUGCUACAGUACCAAGGGAACGGGUUGCUGAGCGAGCA